CGACCGGAUCCGAGCCCGCAGGACGUGCGGGGAAGCCAGUCUGCUGCUAACGGAGGUAGCCGAGGAGCUAACCAUGAGCUAACGAGCGGCUAGCCGGAGUCCCCUCAGUUCGCCACCGUGGUUCAGCCCUCGUCAGACGCUUCUUUGUGGAGGAGAUCACGGACACGUUUCCCGGACUUAUCAUUCAGCUCUUUGUUGCCGUCCAGACUGAUUUCCCCCUCUUCAUUUCACAAUCCUUCCCUCCACCUUGAGCUCUCUCCCUUCCACAGUCAGAUCUCUCCGCACACAGAGCCAUGGCAGCUGCUAAGCCGAAGGGGCAGAACUCCCUAGCCCUUCACAAAGUGAUCAUGGUGGGCAGCGGAGGAGUGGGGAAAUCAGCCCUAACCCUCCAGUUCAUGUAUGAUGAGUUUGUUGAAGACUACGAGCCGACCAAAGCCGACAGUUACAGGAAGAAAGUGGUGCUGGAUGGAGAGGAGGUACAGAUUGAUAUCCUUGACACAGCUGGACAAGAAGACUACGCAGCCAUCCGGGAUAACUACUUCCGCAGCGGCGAGGGUUUCCUCUGUGUAUUUUCCAUCACAGAACUGGAAUCGUUCGCAGCAACAGUAGAUUUCAGAGAGCAGAUUCUGCGAGUGAAAGAGGACGAGAAUGUUCCCUUUCUCUUGGUUGGUAACAAAUCAGACUUAGACGACCGACGGCAGGUCAGCGCAGACGAGGCGAAGGCACGUGCUGAGCAGUGGGGCGUGUGCUACGUGGAGACCUCCGCCAAAACCCGUGCCAAUGUUGACAAGGUGUUCUUUGACCUGAUGAGAGAGAUCCGGGCGAGGAAAAUGGAGGACAGCAAAGAGAAGAACGGGAAGAAGAAAAGUAAAAGUUUGGCCAAGAGAAUUCGAGAGAGAUGUUGUAUUUUAUAGUGGUAAAAGAGAGCAGGGUCACUGCUGCUGUACAUACACAUUUCUCAGACUUUUACAUUUAUUUUGUGCCCAUACCUGACCAUGACUUUCUGUUCCUGGCUAACAGGACAUCUGACCGUGUGUCAGGGAGUAGUAAGGUGGCACGUCAUACACCAUUUAUAGCUCUAACUUUUUAUGUGCUGACACUCCAAAUAACUUAUGUACUCUCUUCUCUUACUCUGACCACAUAACAGAGCGUUAUAAAUGGAUGGUGUUUUAAUUUAGGCGUUUGACAAGAGGCUAAGCCCUGAAAUGUCACACAACCUUUCAUUGUAAAGUUUGAUGUGUAUAAUAUAUUCAGACAGCUGUGCAGUGCAAGUUCCAUUGGAAAGAUUGAAUUAAAAGUGUCAGAGCUGAGGUUUAAAUGAGGGGAAAAUAUAACUGGAGCUCUACUGGAAAGCCCCACUUCAUAUAAUUAGUCCUCGGUCUUUGGUAGGAAGUGUUAACAGAAGUUCAAGUGCCACCUAGGAAAUGUACAUUACACUGGGAAAUCCUGAAAGCAUUUUAAUUGAAAGAUAAGUUCUUAAAUUCAAUGCUACUUCCAUUUGUUGUUUUACACUUCAGUUUCACUCUGUGGUUUAGUUGCCAACACUUAUUUUUUAAAGUCAAAGUUAUUCUUUCUUAUCAACCGAUGUAAGAUAGACACACUAACGUUUCCCUUCCCUCCCCCCCUCCGGUCACUUUAUUGAGUCUUUUCAAAUGCACAAACAUCAUCGAUCAUAACCUUUCGGACUGUGAGGGAUUUUACUACACUUGACAUUUUUUCAAUUCCAACAUUUCAAAAUGUUUUACCUCACGUGGCUAAUGGCUUUCGUUGCCUUUCUUUGCGAUUAAGGAAUCCCUGGUGCUCUGAUAAACGGUGAUUCCAUAACACUACAUCCUCUUCAACACAUCUUCAUAAAUAUAAAUGGCUUCCAGACAUGUUAACAUUUCUAUUUCCAGUUUCUUUGCUCUGACUUUUAAUUCCCCUCAUUUUUAAUCUAAUGUGUUUCUUGUAAUUGGGUCUAGGUAAGUAGGAAUAAAUUAAUGUCAAAACAGAAUGCAGGCGUGAUGGAAGGAAAGUGGUACAAAAAAAAAAAACCGUCCUCUCGGUCACCAAAGAAAUACGCUUGAUAGUACAAAUAAGUGCCCACUGUUUAAUUCAAGUCAAUGACACCUUGCUGUGGUGAGCGUCAGAAGUAAGCACUGCAGUGUUUCUUUGUGAAUCAGACAGAGGCGAAGGUUGAAGGCGUUUCAGUGGAAGUGGCCAGGGAAAGAGAUGUGAGGUUACGAGGGCUUUAGUAAUUCAUGUACAGUGCAUCACUGUUGCCUCUCUGUCCAUUGUGAAUGUGAAUAAUCCCAACAUGCUCAUCCUGUUUGCCUGUAAAUCUUAGGCUGCCGAUGAUGUGCGGAGUUCAUCCAAGCUCUGUUUUGUUUACCUUUUGUUAUAUUCUGUGCAAGUCUCCCCUGUGUGACAAUGCUGUUGUGACAUCUUAGUGAGAUACCUGAUGCUCUUGCUCAUAUGGGUGACUAACUUCACAGCCAGGUGAAGAUGAUUGCAGUGUAAGGAUUGGAAAAUGAGAACACGAUGCGUGAUUUCAUUGGAAUUAUAGAGACCAAAUCACACCAUGAAAUCUGCCCCUUAAUUCUUUUAAUGUCCUAUUUGUGACUAUGCUAUUUUCACCAAACUUCUGACUUAUUUAAAGUAAUUUAUUUUAUUAAAGUCCUUCCACUUUUCAAAUUUUAAUUUCCCUUCACAUUUCACUCUGAUCCAGUUCAGGGUCAUUAACGCAAGAGCAUUUGUGUGUGUGUGUGUGUGUGUGUGUGUGUGUGCACUGCCGACAGCAAGAGCUGUACAUUUACAUUUAAUGACUUUGGCAAUCAGUAGGAUGCCCAACACUAGAGUCUAUGCAAAAAAUAUUGUGAUUUCAAAGUGGAUAAAGAGGGGAUCAGUGUCUGCAAACUGCUUUUAGUGAGACUGGGGGCAGUAGAAGCACUUGAAAGCUUUUAUGUGUGACCACAGCUUAGAAGUUGACUGGCACUCAGUAGAGCAUAUGCCUCCGCCAAGGCCCAACCGUCCCCUCAAAUUCAAUCAAGCUGCACUCAAAUUGCACACACUCAUAGAUAUCAGUCUCCUGAACAUGUCUGAUUUUAUUCAUCAAGGUCCUUGAUUGGGAAAUUGGUAAAAAUGUCCAAAAAUGCCUUCUCACAAUGUUCAAUAAUUCCUGGAUCUGCCCCUUUGUUCAGAUCUUCACCAAAAUCUAAUGAGUCCUUUCUUGACCCAUGUUCCAUCCCGUCAUUGAGUUUCAUGGAAAUUCGUUCAGUUGUUUUUUUGUGUAAUCCUGCUGACGAAAACAAACCCAACAAACAGGGUUGAACACACAACAUCCUUGGCUGAGGAAAAAAAAAUCAUCCAAAAGUUGUGAAGCGUGCAGAAGAAUGAGAAGCAUAACACUGUCUCAAAUGAUUUCAUGAGUUAAUAGAAGAACGCUAAAGAAUCUUAACGCUAAAGAUUGAAGGCUUUGUUUUUAUAAUAUAUGUCUGUGUGUUAGUUGUAUAAAAAGAUAGUGAUGCGCAGGAAUGUCUGUGGCGUUUCAUAUUUACUGAAAAGCACAUUGAUAGAGUUUUAGAGGGUGAGACUGGAUAUGUGAGACGAACUUGAGCCCAAAAUAUGAGGAACCCGUGGCACCAGAAUGUUUGGAAAGUCGUUUGAGAUAUUUUAAGGGCUAACCACCAGUACCACGAUUGAAACACCCCUGAUAGUUAAAGUAACAGGCACAAAAACAAACACAUAAUGUCAGGAUCACAGCCUGUUGUGUAUGUGAUGUACCUAUCUGAGCUUAUGUCCAUUACGUUUAAGUGCUGUGUGUCCACAUCGUUGAGAAGCUACUUUACUCAAAGUAACCACCAUAGUGCUCGCUUACUCCAACACUGGCUUAACAGCAUCUCACUCUUGUUUUAUUGCUUUUCUUCAGAAGCAAACACGAUUCAUCAUCCUUCUUUAUUCUUUUCUCCUCAUGAAUAUUUUAAUAGACUCGAUGGCCCAAAUAUUUUCAACUGGAUACUGAAACAGAUGUUUGUGUGAAAGCUAAGAGCAGAUUGGCUGACUGGGUAUUCAAAUAACUUGUUUUAGCCUUUUAUAUAAAUACCUUUGGAGUUUAAAAUAAAUGGCUAUCUAUGUAUUUUGAUUGGAUGGUUGUACGUAUGCCAUCGGUGAAAUGUUUCCUUCAUGUUUACUUAUUUUAAACAUAACCACUAAUGUAGCCUAUCUGUCUGUGAAUGCAAGAGGUGAUGCUUACAUUUCAAUUCAUUUUUUGUGAGUUAUUUGGAAAUGGCAAAUAAAGUGGAUAUUACUAAUAAUA